GUAGCUGUGGUUGUGCAUUGACUUUCAUCAAUUUUCAUCAGCAGCUGCACGAGAUCUUUCAAUUUCGGAAAAUGCCAGCAACUGAAAGCGUCGCUGACUGCGUGGUAAAUGUGCCCAAGUAUGACUGUGACUCGAAAGUACUUCUUUUACAGGAGACUACGCCUCCUCGGGCCAUUGAGAAGGUCACAGUAGCACCACGGAGAUCCGGACGGCAGGCGUCUAAACAACGUGUGCCAUUGUCAUCAGACAACGGCUUGACUACAAAACGCUUGCGGUACAGUCAAGAGAAAGAAGACGUCAAGAGAGACGUCCCGAAAGAGGAGCGAAUUUCCGUAGAAGAACCACGCGUUCCAGAGAGUGAGAGCAUGUCAAGCGAGGACGACUCUGACAGCAAGGAUGAACAGGAAUACCCAGAGCAUACACCUGGGGGUUUGUCCGCUUAUGAACUGAAGCGCUUGGAGAACAUCCGAACAAACCAAGCAUUCCUCUCUGCCCUCAGUCUUCCACAGAUUACGGCUUCUCUGAAGAAGCCCACACAGAGAGGUCUGAAGAAAGAAAAGGCCAAGAGCUCUGUGAAAGAAGCACUCCCUGUUCGUAAGUCCAUGCGGCUGCAGAAGAAGGAGGCAGAGCCACUGGCUUUGGCAGUGCAACCUGCCGUGACACAAGAGCGUGAGCAGUGGGUAAGCAAACCAGCAGGCCCAAUCGCCAUGGUUCCAGUCAACAUGGAGGACGGAAGCCAACUACCUGCUGCCCUGCUGGAUCUAUGGAGAGAGAAAACUGCCAUGGUUGAAAAGGAAAAGUUGAGUCUUAAAGGAUACACAGCGACCUUGAAGAAAAUGAAGCUGAGCGCAGAGCGAGUGGUCAAGGUUGUGAAGGACCGGAUCUUCUCUGCGGCCUUUCACCCAAGUAGCAGCCGCCUGCUCGCGGCUGCCGGGGACAAGUGGGGCCGCGUGGGGCUCUGGGACCUGGAAGGCGGCUGGGGCGACGAUGGGGUGUUGCUCUUUGAGCCGCACUCCCGUCCUGUGUGCUGCAUGGCUUUCUCCCACUCCCACCCCACCAGCCUGCUGUCAGUCAGCUACGAUGGGACACUUCGUGGCACAGACAUCAACAAGGCCGUCUUUGACGAGGUGUAUCGCUCUGACAUUGGCCUGGCUGCCUUUGACUUCCUGUCACAUGACUGCUCCACUUUGUUGGUCUGUGACUGGGAGGGGGAUGUUGCCGUUGUUGACAGGAGAACUCCAGGGACAUCCCACAGUACACUCUCAACGCUGGACACAAGAACCCUCCGCUGUGUUCACGUGCACCCUGUCCAGAAGCAGUAUUUUGUUGCCUCAGAAACCAGGGAUGCACACAUUUAUGACAUCCGAUGCCUACAACGCAGAAACAACAAGCCUGUCUCGAGCCUGCUGGGCCAUUCUUUGAGCGUUUCAUCCGCAUACUUCUCUCCCAGCACUGGAAACAGAGUACUGACCACCUGUAUGGACAACAAUAUCAGGGUGUUCGACACAUCAGAAUUCAAAUCACAGGCUCCGCUUCUAUGUUCUAUCAGGCACGACAUGCAAACCGGGCGCUGGCUGACCAAGCUGAGAGCCGUGUGGGACCCCAAACAGGAAGACUGCUUCGCGAUAGGCAGCAUGCAGAGGCCGCGAAGGAUGCUGGCCUUCCACGAGAGCGGCCAGCUCGUCCACACCUUCCAGGACGAGGAGCACCUCUCCACCGUCUGCUCCGUCGCGGCCUUCCACCCCAGCCGAAACGCCCUGCUGGGGGCCAACUGCUCCGGCCGUCUGCACGUCUUCACUGGCUGAGGGGGGGGGCCCCCAACCCCCCCACCCCAACGCCAUGCUGCGCCUCUUGUCAUGUUUAGCAUCAAUUAUCCUUCCAGAACAGUGCUUUGUUCCUUAACGUUGCCUUGUGCGGCUCUGUUCAUAUAC